AUGGCAUCUGAUCUGAGGUUUCCAGAGAAAGAGCAAGUGAUGUAUACGCACAAGAAGGACCGUCUUUACAGAGAAGGUAACGGAUUUUUUAUGCUUGUGAGAUGUGGAGGGUGCAGGAACACGACGCACUGUUACUCGCAUUCUCAGAUGAACAUAUCGUGUGGGAAGUGCAAUGACAUUAUCCUGACGUCUUCUGGAGGACUUGCUACGGUUUCUGCUGGAUGCGAGUUUAAGAAGGUUGCGAGAAAUAGUGAUUAA